AUGGUUUCGGCAGUUGAAUGCACAUUGCCAAAGACCAGCGACGUCGAUAACGGUUCGAAGGACUUUUUAUUUCUCAGGACGGAAGAUAAGAAACAAGCGAACUCGAUUAAAUAUAAGUUUGUGGGCCAAAGAGUAUGCGAAACCAGCAAACUGGCUGAGUUUAGCCUCUCAGAUGAAGCAAGCACCAAGGCGGGUUCUUCGACACACGCUAUAGGAAGGCCACGCAACUGUUUCAUCAUCAUGCGUACACUAGUCCAUAGUGUAGUGCUGAGGUGUCUCAAGAGAUGCGAUAUUUCUUCACUGACUCACGUAUCUGCAAUCACUUCACAACUAUGGGGGAAGAAUGAUGGAAUAUUUCAGCUAUACUUUGAGCUUCUUUCACAAUUAGAAGAGCACUGGCAUCUAAACAUUUAUCCUGAGUAUCGUUACCAUAAAGUCAAUAAAAUAAGUCGGCAACUGGAGAAUAAGCUCGUGUAUCAGAAUAUGUUAAAUCGGAUGCGCUUUUUUACAGCAUCUUCGCUGUCAUCGAAAUUGGAAGGUAUUCUAAGCUCCGCACGUGCUUCUGCUGCGGAUACUGCCGCUGAUGCCCCUGCUGCUCCAGGUGUUCCCCUUGCCGCCGAUCCGGUCGGUUCCACCUAUGCCUACUCUUCGUUGUCCUCUUAUCAAGAUGGCGUAAACCAUCAACUUCCUUCUCGCCAACAAAACCGCCCGGUGACAAGUAGUGUCGAGCCAGCUACAAAUCGACAGCUCGGGCAACAACAAGAUCCAGCAAACGUCCCAGACCGCAAUCCCUUCAAGACACAUCACGACAGAUGCUUCAGGCCCAAGAGCAUGAAGAGUGAUACUAAGAGAGUCCGCAAGCAGAGGUGUACGGUAAAGAUGCAGGGUAACAUGUGUGAUCGGAUCAAGCUUGGCUCGGAAAAGAAGGAACGCCGUGCUACCGCGCACCCUUCGAAGAGACUGAAAGUAUCCGGAGUUACCAGAACCGGUGGUUGCAGAUCACCGAAGAGGGAUACAAAAUCUCUAUGUCCUAUAACCAUUGGACAGAAAGAAGAUCCUUGUGAGAUGGCAUUGGAUCCUUCUUUAUCGGUUGAGAAGUACGGCUCAUUCAUUUCCCAGCAUAACCAAGCAACCGGUUCGCCUCUUCGAGGCGACCCGAGUCGUUGCGACGUCUCAUCCACCGCUUUGGCGUCUGUGCAUGCCAGCGCCAAGAACAUGAGUUCCCUCGGCUUCGAUUCCAGCUCAUUGCACUCGAAGCUGCGGUGUAUGGUUGGCACCAAGCAGCAUCUGGAAGUACAAGAUCUUUAUGUUUAA